ACUCAACGAGGUCACUAAGGUCACCAUGGCGGAUGACAAACUGAGCCGUGUGCGGGAUGCUGUGGGAGCUCAUGAGGGUUUUCCAAAACCAGGUAUUGUUUUCAGAGAUAUUUUUCCUGUACUAAGGAAUCCCUCUGUGUUCAAUGAUUUGAAUGACCUGAUAUAUGAAGCUGCAAAGGCUGUUCCUGGAGUGGAGUGCAUUGUAGGCUUGGACUCACGUGGAUUCCUCUUUGGGCCUAUUCUUGCUCUGAAAUUGAACGUCCCUUUCGUGCCUGUGAGGAAGAAGGGCAAAUUACCAGGAGCGGUUGAGAGGGUUUCCUACACCCUAGAAUAUGGUUCGGACGAGUUCGAAGUUCAGAAAGACUCUGUUAGCAAAGGUCAAAAAGUGCUGAUAAUUGAUGAUCUGUUGGCCACUGGAGGUACUAUGAAAGCAGCAUGCCAGCUUAUGGAAAAACUUGAAGCUGAUGUUGUAUUGUGUCUCGUCAUUAUUGAGCUGACUGACCUGGGAGGAAGGAAAAAGCUGACGGCACCUUUCAAGACUCUUCUGGAAUACGAAGGAGAAUAACUGCAUAUUGCUCAAGAUUUCUUUUUUUCCUAUUUGCUUACCGACAAUUUCAGUGUUAUUUUACUCUUGUUGUCCAGAUGUUGCUUUGAUAUUUCAGUUCUAUAAGAACUUAAAUGAUAUAUUCUGCUUGUCUUCUGGUAAAAGCUGUUUCUGAAUAUAUUGGCAUUCUAGUAUCUACUUGGCAAGGAGCGGCAAGUUUAUUAAUUUCCAGAUAUCUAGAUUUGUGACACUAGUCUAAUAUCGACAUCUACUUAAUGAUAGCACCAUUAAUAGGGUGCAACCCAUGUAACACUUUUCUUUCAUACUUUUUUGGCUUCAUUGCUUUAUAUGUCAGCUUUUCGUAUUUGAUUGUUUUGUCUGGUUGUAUACGUGAGAGAAAAUCUAUUGCUCAAUUGCGGUCACCAUUCAAAAGUUGAUAGUGUUGUUGUUUCAUUUUUUUCUGUAGCAUUU